AUGUCACAAAAUCAAACAUUCUCUUCUUCUCCUCUAUCAGCGGUAAAAGUUCCAUUUUUUAUCGCUGUUUCUACAGCACUUGUCAUUACUAUCAUUCAAGUACUUGUCUUAUUAACGAGUAUUCGACGUCAUUUAUUACAAAUAUUUCGUGGUGAUCAUAGUGAAAUACCAAAAAAAGAUAAUUUAAAGAAUCUUUUAUAUGCAACAGGAAAUCUUCAUUUUGCUGGCUUUUUUAUUGGUUAUGCUGCUUGGGGUUAUAUUCUAUGUUUCUUACUAACAUUUUCGAUUUAUUAUAUUAUUGGUAAAUUAUUAGAAAAUGAUGGAAAAUUAUUUGAACAAAUACUCACUGUUUUUAUUCCCGUAUUGCUUUUGAGUAUGUUUAAAGUUUAUAUCACUCUAUUUGUUGCCAAAUAUAUUUUCUUACAAAAACGAAAUCAAAUUCUUGCCAUUAAUAAUCAUCGUGUAUCGAUGAUUUUACUAUAUUUUGAUUUUUUUCUCGAUGUUUUUCUUGACUUAGCUGCAUCCUUUACACGUAUUCUGAAUAGUUGUAUAAUAACAAUCAUUUAUAUGGCACGUCUUGAUUAUUCACCAUUGGGUCGACAACUGGAAUAUCGUGAUGCAGGCUUUUGUGCCUAUUUAGAUUUCAUACAAAUGGAAGCAAUUCAUCGAAAUCCAAUUAUGUUGGCUUUUUCAAGUAUUCUUCUAGUUCAUCAACAUACGAAACAAAACAAAUCAUCAGCGAAAGUACGUCAAAAAUGGCGUUUAGCUAUAUUACUAAUUCAUAUUCCAUCGUUAAUUAUCUUGCGAAAAGCAGUUCUUACUCGGAA